GGCCCUAACGGGAACGGCAUUGGUUGGAGUCUUCCCCACGACUGGCUCCCCUACCCCCAAUCCAAGCAGGCGUAAGGCCACCUCUCCAGACCAAGGAGACCCAGGAAGACGCGAGAAGAGUCAGCAUGUCCUCCUGGGGUGGACAGCAAAAGCAGAGCUCAGGGGGCCUGGACCCCCGUCUUCCUCCAGCCCUGUUCCUACUGUUGCCGUUGGUGGCCUUGGCCCAGGGGGUCGAGCCGAGCCGCAAAGCCUGCCUGACGCUGCCGUCCACGGAGGGCAGCUCGGUCUCCUGCUUCUCGCCCGCCCGGUUCCCUGCCCAGCUCCCGGCCGACACUGCCCUCCUGGUGGUGGAAUUCUCCACCCUGGCCCGGCUGCCGGCCGCGGCCCUGCAGGGCGUCCCCGGCCUCCAGGAACUACACCUGUCCAGCAACCAACUACAGGAGCUGCCCGCCGAGCUCCUGCUGCCAGUGCCCCAGCUGAAGGUGCUGGAUCUCACCCACAACAGCCUGGCGCGGCUGCCCCCUGGCCUCUUCCAGGCCUCCGCCACGCUCCGCACCCUGGUGCUGAAGCACAACCGGCUGGAAGUCCUGCAGGCCUCGUGGCUGCUUGGCCUGAAAGCACUGGAGUACCUGGACCUGUCCUCAAAUCGCCUCCAGACACUCCCCCCGGGGCUGCUGGCCAACCUCACUGCCCUUCGCACCCUCGACCUUGGGGACAACCAGCUGGAGACCUUGCCACCUGACCUUCUGAGGGGCCCGCUGUGCUUGCAACGGCUGCACCUAGAGGGCAACCAGCUGCGGGCCCUUGGAGAGGACCUGCUGGCCACGCAGCCGGCCCUGCGCUACCUCUUCCUCGGUGACAACAAGCUGACCACAGUGGCUGCGGGUGCUUUCCGCAGCCAGAAGGAGCUGGACAUGCUGGACCUGUCCAACAACUCGCUGACCAGCAUGCCCAGAGGGCUCUGGAAGUCUCUGGGAAAGCCAUCCGGGGAUAUGAAGGACGGCUUCGACAUCUCCAGCAACCCCUGGAUCUGUGACCAAAACCUGGAUGACCUCUGUCACUGGCUUGUGGCCAACAAGCACAGGAUGUUCUCUCAGAAUGACACACGCUGCGCUGGGCCGGACGCCUUGAGGGGCCAGACGCUGCUGGCGGUGGCAGGGUCCCUGUGAGGCCUGGGGCUGGGAAGGCGUGGCCGAGACCCCGGGUUCCCUCUGGUGCCCACUCCCCAAGCCCGCCUGGCUUUGCCGGCCUCUGGCCUUUGCCCACAGCCUCCCCUCCCCUUGGAAGGCUGAUCCUCCAUUUCCCACGCCUCUGGGUCCCCCAGUUACCCCUUGCCCCUGCCUCUGGCUGUGUCCUGGCCACAUCUGCUUUGUCUUCCCAGUUUAGGGGUUCUCUGAGUGCUGGUCGUGACCCAGCACUAGGGACUUAAUAAACACCCGAUGAACUGAUUCGGAUGAAUCCUGUAUUUCUGCGUCCUAGAUGCCCAGGAUGGAGGAGGAGAAAAGAAGAGGUGGUGGCCACCCAGAGCCUGGGUA